AUGGAUGACGACAGAAUUAAAGACAUUUAUUUAAUAUUGAAAACCAAAAAUAAAAAAGAAUGGGGGGAAUUAAUGCAGCAACUAACAAAAGAUCAAAGACGGAAAUUAAUAUAUUAUAUAAAGAAAAAAAAUAAAAAAUCACUGAAUAAAAUUAAGAAUAUUAAGAUUGAUAAAAAUGCCGAUAAAAACAAAAGUAAACCUAACCGUUAUUAUGGGCAUGUCCUAAUUGAUUAUUCCAAUGUAAAAUAUGAUCUAAAUUUAAAAAAUUAUAUAGCUAGAAUAUUGCGGAUUUACAAACUAGAAGAUAAUUUCAAUUUUAUAAAAGGGCUGCAUUUAUAUAUGAAUAUUUUAUGCUAUGUUAUAUUUAAAAAGUUUUCAUACGAGUAUAAAAAUGACAAUAAAAAUAAGGAUCUUUUAGUAUUUUUAAAAAAAAUAUUUCCAUUUGAAUUUCAAAAUUUUCAAGACGUAUACAAUAAGAGAUGGAGUAAUGAUUUUACCUCUCCUGAAAAUAUAAUAAAACAGAAGGAUAAUGUCGAAAUUGUAAAAGAAGUAUACAAUAUCGAUGAUAACAAAUUAGAGACAGAUGGUAUAAAUAAAAAUGCCAAUACAAGUAAUGUAAAAAAUAUUUCUAAUAGCAGCAGUAUUUGUUUGAAUUUAUACAACAAUAGCAAUUCUCUGGAUCAAAAAGUGGCAAAUGAUAUGAAAAACGUAUUAAUAAAAACUGAAAAAUUAGAUGAGACUGAUAAUGAUGUUGCUCACCAAAGUGACGAUGACAAUUGUUAUGAUAGUGCUGAGAAUAGCAUGUCUAUUGGAAAAAAUAAUAAAGAAUAUAAUUUAGAGGAGUUAAAAAAGUCUAUAAAAAAAGAAUUUAUAUAUAAUGAUUAUAUCUUUAAAAAUAAAGAUAUCCAAAAAAUUAUAAAAAACAUAUUUGAUGAGAAAAGAUUUGAUUAUCGGCUUCGUUUCAGAAGUAUAUUAUCACAAACCUUAAACAAUGAGGAUUAUAAAAAAUAUUGUGACUUAAGAGAAAAGUUAUUUAAAUAUAAAAAAAAUAAAUUUAUGAAAUGGAUAUCUCAGUUUACUAAAAUUACUUUAUUAGAUCUAUAUGCAGUAAACUUUUUUAUAUUUUUAUUUUUGGAUCGAUUAUAUUUAAUUAUCGAAACAUAUAUUAGGUUAAAUUAUUGCGGAAAAGAAUACACUCCUGAGUCUAGUGAUAACUUUUUAGAAGAUUUAAAUGAAUUCCAAACAUUUAACAAUAUAUUAAAUAUAUUUGGAGAUACAAAUCCGACAGAACAGGAAAAUACACUAAGAAAUGAUUUUAAUGAUAAUACAAACAACGAUCAACACAUUCAAAAAUUUAAUGAAACUUACAAUAGUAUAAUUAAAGAAAAAUUUUCAAAUUUUUUUUAUUCAAUAGAAUUAAUAUAUAAUGUAGAUAUAUAUAAUUUUAAAAUAAAAAAUAAAAUCAAAUUUGAACAGUUAAUAAAUACGGAUAUAUCAACAUAUAUCAAUGAAACAAAUGUUUAUGAUAUAAUUAAUUACGAUAAAAAUACAAACUCGGAUCCAUGGAAAGCCUUAGCCAAUUUUGCUUUGCUUCAUAAUAGGAACCUAAAACUGGAGAAGUUUGACUGCUUUUCCCUCUUUUUAAUCGUACGAUUUAAAUUUUAUCUAGAAGAAUUUAAAGAAAAUGCUAAUAUCGAUUAUAUUUAUAAAACUGUAAAGGAAGAAUUUGAUCAAGUGCAAAAUUAUUUAGAGUCUCAAAAUAACCUAAAUAAUGCCAAUAAAGAUAUGGAAAAUAGCUUUAGUAAAAAUGGAAUUAAUGAAGAAAACAAAAAUGAUGAGAAUGGGCAGGAUGAAAACGAUUCAAACGAUUUCGAGCUCAAUCACUUAGUGCCUCUUUAUCUUGAUCUUCAAAAGGAGCUAAAAAAGGUAAAUGACUACAUGAAAUUUUACGGAAAUUUAAUAUCCUUUGUAAAUUUUAUACAAGAAUAUGCCACCAAAUCAGUCAAAAACAUUGUCAAAUCAGAAACAAAUGAAGAGAAAAAAAAAUACUUUGAUCUAUCCUUUUUUUUAAGCACAUAUGUUAAAGAGCAAUUUAAAACAGAAUAA